AUGGAAGAUCUCUUGCUUCAGUUGAUGAAUCCUAAACAACUACAUCUCCAUCAACUGAUCCACUUUCUCUCCUCAAAUUUUUUGCUCUAAGUAAGAUUUGAUAAUAAGCUAGAAUAAAUAGAUAAAACAAGGCCUGCUCCAAUAAGUCUUAACUUACCUUACUAGUUUUCAUUUAUGAAUCUCCAUGAAUUAAUUGAGAUCGAUGGAGAAUCCACAGAUCCCUCAACAGUAGAGUGCACUGAGAACACUCCACUUGGUGUUACUAUAUCAAGAGUUGUUUUUGGGAAUGAUCUUGAGAACUUUAGUUAAGUAAUGUGGGUGCCUAAAUCAAUGGAAAAUGCAGCUUUUAGAAGGUCAAUGGAUAAUGCGGAUUAUACAAAUACUAGUAUAGAAAUAUUGAGAAUUCAACUUGCUGAGGAUAAUGCUAAUCAGGAGUAGCCCAGGAAAAACAUAAGUCUCUAUCUUUACUGCAAAAAUUUCACGGAUGAGGAAUAGACAGGUGACAUCUAGGGCAAUACUAUUAGUAGUAAUUAAUUGAAUACCACAAGCUAAGACAACCUUAAUUCAGUUAGUGCCAACCAAGGGUUUAUUGAGCUAGAUCUUAAAAACUGGUAUGUAAAGCAAGGAUUUGAUAAGGACUAUCCUACCGUGAUAAGAUAAAGCAUUUAUAAAAAGAAAGUAAUAAUAAAUAUUAAGAAAAAAGAAAGGAGAUAAAGAUAAUGA